AAAAAAGAAGAAUAAAUUAACCCAAUUUUAUGAUAUAUCAGAUAUAAAUAAUUUUCAAUAAAUUAUUAAUUAGAUAAGUACAUAAUGGGAAAAACAAUUUUAUAUUCUUUUUGGAUAAGUUCGUGUUCCUGGAGAGUUAGAUUGGCUUUGAAUUUGAAAUGUAUUCCUUACGAAUUAAAAACCCUGUUAUUAGCACAGAACGGAGAACAGCAUUCCGAAGAAUACAGGAAAAUAAACCCCAUGCAGCAAGUACCUUCAUUAUACAUAGAUGAAAAUAUUGUGACGGAAUCGCUGAAUAUAAUGCAUUAUUUAGAAGAAACUAGACCACAGAUACCGUUGUUGCCGAAUGACAAAAUUGAAAGAGCAAAGGCAAGGCAGAUUAGCGAAAUAAUAGUAUCCGGAAUUCAACCAUACCAAAACCUAAUUCUUUUAACUAAAUUUCCCAAAGAAAACCAAGCAGAUUGGGCCAGUUUUUGGAUUAACAGAGGUUUUAAAGCUGUAGAAGGAAUCCUUGCAGGUUGCUCAGGAAAGUACAGCGUGGGAGAUAAAAUAACCAUUGCUGAUUGCUGUUUAAUACCACAAAUUUUUCAUGCUAAACACAGGUUCAAUGUAAACCUAGAAAAGUAUCCCAAUAUUCAAAGAAUCGACGAAAUUUUACAAAACCAUCCCGCUUUUUUGGAGGCCCAUCCAAACAAUCAACCUGACAAACCAAUACAAAUAAAUAACUGAAAUAAUUCGGCAAAUAUUCGGAUAUUGGCUGUGAAAUUAAAACAUAUUCUUUAAGCUAAACACUUACUAGAUAUAUUGAUAAAUAUUUUCUUUAUAUACAUACAACUAUUAAUAAAUAUUUAAAUUAUUUUUCCUAAUAAAC